CUCCUCCCUGCAGCCACCAUGAAAUCCUGGGCUGCUUGCCCUUCCUUGUCCACCAUCUACUUCCUCUUUGUCACCUUUGCACUGUCCACCAUUUUCCACUGCCACUGGCGCCUGGCCCUGGUGCCCACCCCCUGGGCCUACCCGGGCCGAGUGGUCCUGUUCCCCAGGCACCUGCCCCGGGGCAUGUUCACCAUCAACUCCAAAGGCCGCCUGGGGAACCAGGUGGGGGAGUACGCCACCCUGUACGCCCUGGCCGAGAUGAACAGGCGACCAGCCUUCAUCCCGCCUCAGAGGCACAGCACACUGGCCCCCAUCUUCAGAAUCACCCUCCCCGUCCUGCACGACUCCACGGCCAGCCGGAUCCCCUGGCAGAACUACCACCUGAACGACUGGAUGGAGGAGCAGUACCGCCACAUCCCGGGGGAGUACGUGGGCCUCACCGGCUACCCCUGCUCCUGGACCUUCUACCACCACCUCCGCGCCGAGAUUCUCCAGGAGUUCACCCUCCAUGACCACGUGCACAAGGAGGCCCAGAAUUUCCUGCGGGGUCUGCAGGCCACGUGGGGCCAGCAGGCCACCUUCGUGGGGGUCCACGUGUGCCGGGGGGACUAUGUCCGAGUCAUGCCCAACGUGUGGAAGGGCGUGGUGGCUGACCAGCCAUACCUAGAGCAGGCCCUGGACUGGUUCCGGGCUCGCUACCACAGCCCGCUCUUCGUGAUCACCCGCGACGACAUGGCCUGGUGCCAGCAGAACACUGACAGCUCCCUCUGGGACGUGGUGUUUGCUGGCAAUGGCCUGCAGGGCUCGCCCGCCAGGGACUUUGCACUGCUCACACAGUGCAACCACACCGUCAUCACUGUGGGCACCUCUGGGAUCUGGGCCACCUGCCUCACAGGUGGGAACGCCGUCUACCUGGCCAACUCCCCCUUCUACUUAAUCUUUAAGCCCCAGGUGGCCUUCCUCCCAGAAUGGGUAGGCAUUGCAGCUGAGCUGGGGCAGGCCAGAGGGAAUGUCCCCUAG